GUCAGUUAUCGAAGUGUCAAAAAUGACACACGCCUUUUGUCCACCUAGCUUCUUUAAAUAAUUACUUUGUCUACUUAGCGUUGUGGUAAAGUGGGCUGCUUUGCACUUCGAUCAGUGUAGUCAGACAUUCAUCCUCGAAGGAGGUAGCUACUCUUGUUCUUCAAACAGCUAUAGUACUUGUGAGUUAUAGGUGUUCGUCCUUGGGGUAGUUGAAGUAUAUUCUUGGUCUUAACAAGUAUCAUGGACGGUACUACACCUAGAACUGCGUUCUCGGUCAGGGAUAUUCUUAACAUGCCCGAAUGUAAAGAGAAAGAGGUCGAGACGAAAGGCACGAAAGAACUUGAUGGGUCAAUGAAAGGACCCUCAACAGAACACACAGACAGACCACCAAGUCGAGAUGACAAGGAUCUUAAAGAAUCGACCAUAAAAGGUAAGAAUAUGAGAAUAUCAUAAGUUCUCCUUGUAUUUUUCAUGUAUAGUUGCAUCUGUACCAAUCUACCAAUCUGCAGCUUUCAAAAAUAUAAUACCAAAUGUCUAUUUCAUGUCAAUGUCCUUAGCUUAAGAUAUUCUAGUCAAGACUCUAUUCAAUCUAAAGAAAGUACAGGAUUAAAUGAAGUAUACCACCCGCGUUAAAGCGCUUCAUUGAAAUCGAUCUCGUUCUUUGAAAAUCCCUGUGAUUUUUCUUCCGCGAUUGUGGCGGUCCCGGAGUAGACAAUAUUGAAGAGUAUUCGAGACGUUAUAUAGUUGAAAAAUCCAACUAGACCAGAAAAUAUAGAAAAGUGCUUCGUCCUUCGACGUUUCGGCUCACUCUUCGAAUUACCUUCUGUAUACUUUCCAGGUAUUUAGAUUUUUCAAAUUAAAAGAAAGCAAAGACAAUGAAUUAUUUGAAGAAAACGAUCCCAAUCAGUUAGCGCUAUAGAAUUGCACCAUUCUUAUAAAAGUCCCGCUUUAAUUAUUGUUCUGGAAUAGUUGAUGAAUUAAAGUUCUUCUGGAUAAAACGAAUAUUUUAAAGAGAGGGGCACUUUUAGACAGCGCAUUGGAAUCAUUUUCUUCAAUUGACAGGAUGUUGCCAUGAGUUGCACUUGUGAAUCAAAGGUUGUCAAUUGACCUGAAGGGCUUUCUCUUUCUAAAGUGAAUUGGUUUUGAGUAGAAAAAGAUAUCAAAAGACAAAGGAAUACAUUAUUGAACGUAUCUUGUAUAGCAUCUUGAGUUACUGGCUAUUUAAAGUCUAAGAAAAGCUAAACGCGAAUGCGAUACUCGCUCAUUCCGACUUAGCCAAAAACAACAUUUCCGGCAGAAAGUAUUAAUCGUUUGGCUUUGUCGUACAGAUUCUUAAUCAGUUAAUGCUAGCCUGCAUAUAUACAUAAAGACAUUUCGGUAGUUAUACUUAAGUCUUAGUAAAGCUGCCGUGGUUUGUGUCUAAGCUACGUGAAGAAUAUGACAAAACCGGUCGACGUUUCUAGCGUCGUCUAUAGUGGUUAAAUAUAUCUAACUUUGCUAAGCGACGAAGAGCCUUCGCGCGAGGGUUUUUCAGUGAACUUUUUUAGGACGUAUAUGUAUUCUUUGAACUACCGAUAAAACCAGAGUGAUCUUUGUCAUUGACAUUGAUAUCAAAAGCUUCAAUUUGCUAAUCUCUGCAUUACCGGUUUUGUUUUAUAUCCCAUACAACCCAAGAAUCUCGAGUCUACCUACUCCUAAGUUUAAUUUUUGUAUUAUAUUUCGAGUACAUAUAACAAUUUAACACUACAAGGUGAAGGUGGUCACACAAGGUCGAUGAUGGCCAAAAACAAUGGGAAUAAAAUGAUGAUGUGUCAUCUAAUUCUCUCGAACUAAUUACAUUUCCCCGCCUAUUUCGAAGAUAAUGUCGCCAAUCAGUUAACAUUAAAAGCUGGUUAACACCAUGAAAGUUGCUUCAAAGUGUGCAAAUCUUUUAUUUUAGUCUUGGGUUAGUUUAAUUCAUCAACCAAAGUUGCCCCGCGGACAAUUGGAACGGAAUUUAUUUAAGAACAAAGCAGUUCCACAUGCAUUGCUAAUAUUUCGAGUCUUUGAGAGUCGUAUCAAUUAAUCCCUAUAUAGCUAUCAAUGCUACCUGAUGGUUAACCCCUGCGAACGGGAAUGAGUUUACGAGAGCCGGUUUACGUGCAUGAGAGUUUCAUCAAUUCUCUGAGAGUUGACUGGAUAUUACCGCGCGCACUUUCAGUCAUGCAAACAUAAACUCUUAUCAACUUUCAUUAAUUGAACCAGGGGUUGAAGGAAGGCCCAGUACUGCUAUUCAUCCAUCGGAUAGCGAUUCUUUCAACGGUUGUAUAAAAACACUUGAAAAGCUACAAAACUAGGGAUAUGGAGUUCAGAAUUGACACAUAAGAAACUUGAAUUUAUAACUACUAAAGUUAAUCUGUGGGUUAGAAACAAACCACGGCAGUUUGUUAGCUUAUUGUAGAAUAUUACCUACACUAAAGAACCCCACGUUUAAGAUAACUAUAAUAUAUUUUUCUCUUCUCUAACAGAGAAACAAUCAAAACUGACGCUGUCGAGUUCUGAAGUCGAGCGACAAGAGACCCAAAAGGCGAAACAGAAAAAACGAAAACGACGCGUGCUCUUCACAAAAGCACAAACGUUCGAGCUAGAACGCAGAUUUCGCCAGCAAAGAUAUCUAUCUGCGCCGGAACGGGAACACUUGGCGAGAAUGAUAUGCCUCACACCGACACAGGUCAAGAUUUGGUUCCAAAACCACAGAUACAAACAGAAACGACACAUCAGCGAACACGGGGAAGACGCUUUCGAUAGCCUCAGCAUGGCGCACGGUAUUCCUUAUCCAAUGUUCCUACGAGAGGGCUUAGUCUACCACAAUCCCACAGGAAAUUACACGUCCUACUUCCCACCGCAUGGCCAUGGAGGAGAAUUUUGUAAUGUCUAUUCUACUCAUCUCCCAACGUCGCCAUAUUUUACUACUACGCCUUGUCACAGUUGGUGAAGAAUUAUAAAAUGUAUGAUUCAAAUUGGACUCUCAAACAUUAAGGCUCGGGUUUACACUAUCAAAGUUUCUGUGAUCACAGUAGGAAUUUUGCAUAGGUAAAAAGAAUUUUGCAUAGUUUUGAAGAAUUUGUAUAAGAAAUCUUUGAGGGAAUUGACUCAGUAUUAAACAGUGAGUCAGUUUCCUGAAAUAUAUCUUAUAAAUUCUUCAAAACUUAGAAUUUACCUAUGCAAAAUUCCUACUGUGAUCACAGAAACUUUGAUACGGUGUAAACCCGAGAGCCGUCUUAUAAUAUAUAUUUCAUUUAAUGAAAGCUGUAAGCGGAGAGUUUAUAAAACGAACAAUAAGUUAUCGUGGUUUGUUUCUGAACUAGCUGAAAAGAUUACAUACGCUUCGAAGAAGUCCUUUCGCUCAAAAUUCAAUGUGUUCCGUUUAUGCUAGUUCACCGAGAAACAAAUCACUGCAGCUUAUUGAAGAACACUAUACCAACAUUGCAAGGAAACCCACAUUUAAAAUGUGGAUAAACUAUUAAUCGUUGGAAUAAAACCGCUGAUGCAAUUCAUAAAUCUUCAAAAAAAAGUCAUGGACAGUAUUAAAGUUGACUGUACCAUCGAUAUAUGAUGGAUUAAACUGUUUGAAGAAGACAUUUAAAAGUAAAAACUUGUAAAUAGUGUAAGGUAUUUAUUUCAAAGCAAAUGUACAGAUAGUUUAUAUUGAAGUUAAAAAGAAUAGAAUAGUGAUAUGAUAAUUCGUUUCUUUGAGUUUCUGGUAUGCCCUUGUUUCACAAUUGGAUAAGAUACCGACUCUGAUUGUAUUGGCUGUGUAAAACUUAGAAGAAGGAAAGAUAGCCCGCGGAUGAAACGGAAUAACUGUCUGUUAAAAAUAGGUGAAAGAUAAUUUACGAAGGACAAAGCAAAGCUCAAUUAGCUGAUCGAGU